CCGCCCCGUGGCGUGUGUCUGGGAGCGCGCUUGUGGCCGUGGAAGCAGACGGCGGAGGGGCGGGAGGGUCUGCAACGGAGAGAGGCCUGUGAAGGGAUCUGGCUACAGAGCCGGACGGACCGACAGACGCAGUGAUCGCCAGCCCCUGAGGUCCUCCGCCCAGCACCCGGGCCCUCUGCGGGCAGCAGCCCUACGCGGCGGGAGGCGGGGGUGGCAGUGUCUGCGCGCACACGCACGCUCACAGACACACACGCCCGGGCCACGCCACAGACACACGACACGCACAGAGCCACGGCCGGCCGCCGCGCACACUCGCACCCGCGCUCACGCUCGCUCUCCGGCGCAGGCCCCGCAGCACCCGCUGCCGGGAGGUGGUGGCAUCCCGCUCGGAUCCCAGUCAGGACUGGAGGAACAGAUGGGCUUCUUCCUGUCUCCAUCUCGCUUAGCAUCCCUCAGUGUUGCGCUCCUGGUUCCUGUGGGAACUGCUUGAAGGUCUGAGCCUGGAACCCAAGGGGAAGGGGAAGGAAGAGGAGGAAGAGUAAGACGUCAAAGCCUGAAACCCUGCAUACCUUUCCAACCGGAACCUGGAGUCACAACAACGCCCACUGCCUGCUCAUCAUCCUUCAGAGCAUCAGGCGCCAGCUGUGUCUGUCCUGCCCAAGGCCCCUGUGCUGGGGGUCACCCCCAAGAUGGUGACAGCUCCGGGGAGGACUGUGCUCCCAGCCCCAGCCUCUGGCUGCUAGGUCCCUCUGUGCUCCGGCCCUUCAACCCAGCUGGGCCUCUAAGGGGCCAAAGCCUGGGGCCAUGCUGCGCCUGGGGCUGUGUGCGGCAGCGCUGCUGUGCGUGUGCCAGCCAGGGGCUGUGCACGCUGACUGCUGGCUCAUCGAGGGGGACAAGGGCUACGUGUGGCUGGCCAUCUGCAGCCAGAACCAGCCGCCAUAUGAGACCAUCCCUCAGCACAUCAACAGCACCGUGCAUGACCUGCGGCUCAAUGAAAACAAGCUCAAGGCCGUGCUCUAUUCCUCCCUCAACCGCUUCGGGAACCUCACGGACCUCAACCUCACCAAGAACGAGAUUUCCUACAUCGAGGAUGGUGCCUUCCUGGGCCAGACGAGCCUGCAGGUCCUGCAGCUGGGCUACAACCGGCUCAGCAACCUGACUGAGGGCAUGCUGCGAGGUAUGAGCCGCCUGCAGUUCCUCUUCGUCCAGCACAACCUCAUUGAGGUGGUGACGCCCACCGCCUUCUCCGAGUGCCCCAGUCUCAUCAGCAUCGACCUCUCCUCCAACCGCCUCAGCCGCCUGGACGGCGCGACCUUUGCCAGCCUGGCCAGCCUGAUGGUGUGUGAGCUGGCUGGCAACCCCUUCAACUGUGAGUGUGACCUCUUCGGCUUCCUAGCCUGGCUUGUGGUCUUCAACAAUGUCACCAAGAACUAUGAUCGCCUGCAGUGUGAGUCACCGAGGGAGUUUGCCGGUUACCCACUGCUCGUGCCCCGACCUUACCACAGCCUCAAUGCCAUCACUGUCCUGCAGGCCAAGUGCCGCAACGGCUCAAUGCCUGCCCGGCCUGUGAGUCACCCCACACCCUAUUCCACGGAUGCGCAGAGGGAGCCUGACGAGAACUCAGGCUUCAAUCCUGACGAGAUCCUCUCAGUGGAGCCGCCGGCCUCCUCCACCACAGAUGCAUCUGCUGGGCCGGCCAUCAAGCUGCACCAAGUCACAUUCACCUCGGCCACCCUGGUUGUCAUCAUCCCCCACCCUUAUAGCAAGAUGUAUGUUCUGGUCCAGUACAACAAUAGCUACUUCUCCGACGUCAUGACACUCAAGAACAAGAAAGAGAUUGUGACGUUGGACAAGCUGCGAGCGCACACCGAGUACACCUUCUGUGUCACCUCGCUGCGCAACAGCCGCCGCUUCAACCACACCUGCCUGACCUUCACCACGCGGGACCUCGUGCCCGGGGAUCUGGCCCCCAGCACCUCCACCACCACGCACUAUAUCAUGACUAUCCUGGGCUGCCUGUUUGGCAUGGUCAUCGUGCUGGGGGCUGUCUACUACUGCCUGCGGAAGCGGCGCAUGCAAGAGGAGAAGCAGAAGUCCGUCAAUGUUAAGAAGACCAUCUUAGAGAUGCGCUAUGGCGCCGACGUGGAUGCUGGCUCCAUAGUGCAUGCUGCACAGAAGCUGGGCGAGCCACCGGUGCUGCCCGUGGCCAGAAUGUCCUCUAUUCCUUCCAUGGUCGGAGAGAAACUGCCCACCUCCAAGGGUCUGGAGGCUGGGCUGGACACACCCAAGGUGGCUACCAAAGGCAACUAUAUUGAGGUACGCACAGGUGCUGCAGGAGACAGCCUGGCCCGGCCUGAGGAAGAGCUUCCAGAAAUCGAAAAUGGCCAGGGCUCAGCGGCUGAGAUCUCCACCAUUGCCAAGGAGGUGGACAAGGUCAACCAGAUCAUUAACAAUUGCAUCGAUGCCCUCAAGCUGGAUUCAGCCUCUUUCCUUGGGGGUGGCGGCGGCGGCGGUGGAGGCGGCGGGGACUCCGAUCUGGCCUUUGAGUGCCAGUCCCUCCCUGCGGCUCCUGCUGCCUCCUCGGCUGCCACUCCUGGGGCGCUGGAGCGGCCCAGCUUCCUGUCACCCUCCUACAAGGAGAGCUCCCACCACCCGCUGCAGCGCCAGCUGAGUGCCGACGCUGCAGUGAGCCGCAAGACCUGCAGCGUGUCAUCCAGUGGCUCCAUCAAGAGCGCCAAGGUCUUCAGUCUGGAUGUGCCAGACCACCCGACCCCCACAGGACUGGCUAAGAGCGACUCCAAGUACAUUGAGAAAGGCAGCCCCCUCAACAGCCCGCUGGACAGGCUUCCCCUGGUGCCCACGGGCAGCAGCGGGAGCAGUGGUGGGGGUGGUGGCAUCCACCACCUGGAGGUGAAGCCGGCCUACCACUGCAGCGAGCACCGGCACAGCUUCCCUGCUCUCUACUACGAGGAGGGCGCCGACAGCCUGAGCCAGCGUGUGUCCUUCCUCAAGCCACUGACCCGCUCUAAGCGAGACUCCACCUAUUCGCAGCUCUCCCCCAGACAUUACUACUCAGGGUACUCCUCCAGCCCCGAGUACUCGUCUGAGAGCACACAUAAGAUCUGGGAGCGCUUCCGGCCCUACAAGAAGCACCAUCGCGAGGAGGUAUACAUGGCUGCCGGCCACGCCCUGCGUAAGAAGGUCCAGUUCGCGAAGGAUGAGGACCUGCAUGACAUCCUUGAUUACUGGAAGGGGGUCUCAGCCCAGCAGAAGCUGUGACCCUCUCCUCCCCCACCGGUGAGGUGAUGGGGAGGAGGGCAAGGGGACUUGGGGGAAGGGCCCCCCAACAGGGUGGCCGGGAGACGGGAGACAGGCCAAGGAGCCUGGGGCCGAGGGGCCCCGGGCCUAGGAGUGGACGCACACGCACACCCGCACACACGCACCCACACAUACACACUUGACCACCACCUGACUGUGAAGUAACCAACACCCAAUAAUAGCGGACAGGAAAACAAACAUUUUCCUUAAAGUUUACAACCUGCUACUGACACCAGUUGUCUCUACUGUGCUGCCCAAGGGACUUCUUGCUGGGCUAGGGAAAGAGGCCAGAGAGGGUGUGGGGGGGGGCCUGAGACUCAGGCGGGUUUUGGUGGCAAAAGAGAUCUGGGUAGAGGUCAACCAUAGGCCUCUCAUUCAGAGAGGCUAUCCUCUAAGCUUGGGAACAUUUCCCUUGGAGACAUGGCAACAUGUGAACAUUGGGCAUCCUCUCCUCCCACUUACGGAUGGCCCAGAGAGAGGAAAAGAAGCCCUAGGGGUCUCUCACCCAACAGGUUACAGCUCUGUCUCCCAGCUUCCUGGCCCAGUGCUGGCCCCGCCUCCAGCUGCUCCUCUGGGCUCCGCCCCCAUUCAUCUGCUACUCCUUCCAAAGUUGUGGUCUCAGGGGUCUAGGGACUGAAGCAGGCAGGUGCUCUUUAGAAAGUCCAUGGGCAUCUACAAGGUGAAAGGCUAUGGUCCCUAGCCCUGGGAGGCCAAGAGUAAGCAAUGUCCUGCUAACCAGACAGAAGCAGAGGCAAAGGGUGCCACCAGCCCCCUUAAAGUGUCUUCCAAGUAGCCCUGGGGAGCUGCCUGGGUGUGGGGUGGUGGGUAGACCUGCUCCCCACUGGUAUCUCAGGUGUAGGCCCCCAUGCCACAGCCCCUAGUUUCUCUGGGUCUCCGGACUCCUACCCACCACAGAGAGGCAACAGUGAAUGACAAGGCCUGGGGCCAGUGUGGAGAUGAUGUAGAAUGUGGGGAUCUCUCCCUGCAUCCUCCACCCCACUUGUCUGGCUCCUGCUGUGUGCAGCAUCUCGGCCUGCCUGGGAGGGCAUCUGCCCCACCACACCCUGUCUUAUCCCCUGGCUUAGAGGGGCUCCCAUGUUUCCAUGGAAAUGGCCACCAUCCUCUCUCUGACCCACUCCCAACACCAAUCAAAGCACAAACAGUGAGGUGCCUCCUACUGCCCUGGUCAGGGAGCAGGGCCAGGUUCCUGGCCCCUCCCCUUCCUUAGCUAGUCCGUUGCCAAGGCAACCCAGAGCCUGGCAGUUGGUGCCCAGAGCGACCAACUGACCAACCAUUGGGCUCUGGAGUUCUCUCAGUGUGGGUGGCGGCAGAGGGGGGUAAAGGAAGCCUGGCCAGGUGGCAGCUUUCUCGAGAGCCAAGAGCUUCUAGGGACAAGCUCUGGAGUCCCGAGAUUAGGCUAAGGCAUUGUCCUUUGCCUUUGAGUGGGCAGUGGGCCUGUGGGGCAUUGGGACAGCUGUACCGGGCAGUUCUGCCCCCUGCCUGUGUGCCCCUCAGCUUCCCAUUGAGAUAGGAAGGAGCCUUCUCAGCUCAACCCCAACUUCCAGAGACUCCCUCAUUCUUGCUGCUCUUUUUGGCUUACAUGAGAUAAAAGAUCGUUGUGACUCUUGAGUGAGGAGGAUGGUGGGCGAGAGGCAUCUCACUUGACCUGUGAGGGCUCUGACCAGGAAAGCUAGGGCUAUCCUUGGGGGUGGGGUAUGGGGAAGGACCGGGGGUGGGGAGACUUGACUGAACACCUCUAUCACAUCGACUUCGGGGUGGGCUGAGCCCAGGGCUCACUCAGGGGUGACAUUUGCAAAAAAUAAUAA